AUGCUCGCUGAGUCUCCCCGCGCGGCCGACUAUGUGCCCCCGCGCCGUCCGCACACAGAGUUCGGCGUGCCCGGCAGUGCCGGCGGCAGCAUCGCGGGCGGCAGCGGGAGUGGGAACGAGCCCCGCCCCAUCCUGCGGCACCAGAGCAGCAAUGUCCGCAUUUCCUCUCCUCUCCGUAAACAGGUCGGCUUCGAAGACAAGCCGCGCAGGCCCGCGCUCAAGAGUAGCACCUCGAGCGGGAGCGUGGGCGCGAGCGCCAGCGCCAGCGCCAGCGCAUCAGCUGCGGACCGCUCGCCCAAGCUCAGCUUGCGAGAGCGGCGGGGGCGUGCACGCGCCCAGGUGAGCUGGGCACAGACGAUCGCCGUGCCGGGCGAGUUUGAGGAGCUUGCGACUGCGCGUCCCGCCAAUCCCCGCUCCAUUACCUCGAGCGACGGCAGCAGCCGCUACACCAGCAGCAUGUACAGCACGGACGAGCGUCCGGCCUUGCGCGCAUCUAGAAGUCUCUCGGCGCGCGCUCGACCCGGAAACAGGCCCACCAGCGCCGCGUCGUCGACGUCUAUCGGCCCCGCGGGGCUGUGGUUCGACGUGCCGGCUCCUGCCGCGCCUCACCCAUCAACAUGUAUGCCGGGCUUUCCGUCCCAAGAGUUCCCCGACCACAGACCGCCAAAGUUCUCGCGCGAACUCCUCCGCCGCCCUGGCGUGAUCAUGCCAAAAGCCGCCCCGCGGCCCGCGAGCAUUGCUACAGAUCAUGCUCCGCGCCCCACCCCGCGGCCCCAGCCCCAGCCCCAGCCCCAACCCCAGCCCCUGCCGCAGCGCCAGCCGUCGACGUCGCGCGUCGCAGGCUUCUUAUCGAGGAAACUGUCCAAGCGCGCCGUCUCCGUCUCUGGCCCGGCCCCCGACGUGCCCCCUCUUCCCCUGCCCAUCCCGCGCGGCGCAGCCCCAUCCAUGCCCAUCACGCCAGUCCAGCACGGGCAUCAGCGCUCGCAGACGAGCACGCACAUGCCCCCCGGUUUCGCGCCCCCCCACCACCCCCAGUGGCCGCCGCAGAGCAUGCCGGCCCGCUUCCGCGGCACCGCCCUCCCCGCAGGUGCUGGUCACUUCCUCCCGCCCGGUGCGGCCCCCCUCCCUGCUUCCCGUAUGGCUGUGCCCUCCCUGCCGCCUGGAGCGAUGCCGAUGGCGUCCUCCCUCCCUCCGGGGGCGAUGCCUGCCCGCGGCGUGCCACCUUUGCAGCCGCAGCCUAUGCAGCCGCACGUCCUCUCGUCGCAAGAGGCGGCGCGGCAAGCGCUGAGACACUAUCGCUCCUCGCCUGCGCUGAUGCGCGUCGCGUCCCCGCCCCUCCCCACGACGUGGGUCGAGCGCACGCCGCCCCCGAUGCCAGGGCAGCUGGGGUACGACGAGGACAUGGGUGUGCGCCAGCCGGACUUUGCGCACCCCCCCGUCCAGGACACGCCGAAAGACGUGCGCCCGCCACACCUCAGCGUCGACUUUGGCGGCGCCGGCGACCUGUGGGCCGACCUCGAAAGCUCGUUCGGCGCACUCUCCCUCCCGGAUCUGCCAGCGGACGCAGAGAGCCCUAGCAGCCCUGGCUCUGACGCGUCUCACACGACCACAGCGACGACCCGCGCCACACACACAACACAUGUCGCGCGCGACGCGUACUCAGAGUCUGGAACAUGCUCGGAAACCGGCACGUUCUCAGAAGCCGGGCACUCGCUGCGUGCCGCCUCGUCUGAUGUGGGACACGCCGCGCCGCUCCGGCGCGGCACGGCGUCGGAUAUCGGCCACUCGACGGCGCCCCUCGUCACGGGGAUGCAGAGAGACGUGUUCUCUGACGCCGGCCACGGCUUGGAACGCAUCUACUCGCCGCCGGGGUCGCCGGUCCUCGCCAAGGCGGCGCAGCGCGCAGCGAGCGAAAGCGAGUUCCCCCUCGCGUCCUGGAGCCCGGGGCACAAGCUGUGCGCCAGCGCGCCCGGCACGCCCGUGUUCCUGCCGCCGCGCGGCGAGAGCCUGGUCGCGUCGUCGCUGGGCGCGACGUCCUCGCGCCCCUUCGGGCUCCUGCACACGCCGCCGCGGCGCACGUCGUCGCGCAGCCCCAGCUCGAUGAGCUUGCGGAGCAGCACGUCGCUCGCGUCCGAGAGCACGGUCAGCUCGCUGCCCAGCACGAUGACGUCGAUGACGAGCGCGAGCUCGGCCGCGUCCGUCGAGAUGCCCGACCCCAUCGCGGAAGACAUCGAGCUCGAGUACGUGUUUGGCAUCGUGCCCAAGGGCUUCUGCGACGAGCGCGCCGAGAUCCGCCGCGUGCAGCGCGCACGCUCCACCGCCGCGACGUUGCGCGUGCGUUCCGUCGCCUAGACUUGUAUUCUAUGACAAUGCUGGACAGUCACGACCGUUAUGUAUCAUGAGAGCGUGGGCUGAGGCUUUUCGUGCGGUGUCCUCAGUGUUCCGUCUUUCGUCUGCGUCUCUUUAUCACCCACCUCCAAGCGUGGACGCGCGGUGGGUGCGGGGCCGAAAUGCGGGGUCACGGCGCU